GCAAAACAAGAAAGUUAUGUGUUUAUGAUGUUGGUAUUAAACUGUAUAUUAUUAUUUUUAAAGGCAUGUAUGAUUCCAGUAAAAACCCAAUCAUGAUCGAAGCUACUGAUAUCUUAUCAACUGUGAUAUGAAGAAACAUCAACUGUAAAACAAUGAACAGUGAAAUAUCAUCUAGUCUACAUAGAUUAGAAGGAAUUACUAAUCAAAAAGGUGGACUUAUUAUAAAGAAGAAAACAAGUGAUGACAAUUUAUUCAAAAUUCCUGCUCCAAAAAAGUCUUUACUAGGUUUAGAUGUGCUUGCUGAGCAGCGAAGGAAAGAGAAAAUUCUUGAUGAAAAAGAAAAAUCUGAACAAAAGUCAUCUGUCAGACAAAAUGAUGAUUAUGAUAUUGAAAAUAGAGAAGAAUGCAAAAGAAGAAAAUAUAGAUCAUCAAAGGACGAAACUCCAACAUAUACAGGUGGAGUAAAUGAGGAGUAUUUAAAGAGAGUGCAUGGUCGACAAAAACGGGAAAAAGAGCGUGGUUUAUAUGUAUCAUCAAAACAUAAACGUCAUAAAGAUGAUAAGGAAUAUGAGAACGGUAGAGAACGCAAUCGCAGACGACGUAGUCGUAGUCAUGAAUCAGAGAGAUCUUACAGAUCUGAUUCUCAUAGUUCUUCAAGAAGGUCUGAAGCUACUUACAGAGAUGAACCUCCUUCUCCCAGAAUACAUCCAAGAGAUUCACCAUCACGAUCUGGAUGGGAUGAAGAUGAUAUAACACCAAGUUAUAAAUCAACUUGGGAUCAGCCUUCCCCCAGACGCUCUCCUGACAGGCGAAGUGAGAGGAGCCAGUAUAGUAAAAGCCAUAGAACAUCAGAAUCUCCGGAUCCAACUCCUGCAUAUAGAUAUAAUGACUGGGUUCGAGAUCGAAAGCGAUCUGGGGCAACACCUCAGGUUUCCAAUGUGAAAGAUGAGAAAAUACCUUGGUCGUCUGAAGAAGAAAAGGAAGAAUGGGAAGAAGAAAUUAAAAGACUUGAUAGAGAAUGGUAUUCCAUAGAUGAAGGGUAUGAUGACAAUCAUAAUCCAUUUGCAGGCAUGUCUGCUGAAUAUACUAAGAAGAAGGAGGAAGCUCUGGAACAAAAAAAGAAGAAACGUAUGUCUGCUCAACAAAGGCAAAUACAUAAGGACAAUGAAAAAUGGGAAACAAAUAGAAUGUUGACCAGUGGUGUUGUUCAGAAGUUAGAAUAUGAUGAAGAUUUUGAAGAAGAUAAUGAAGCCCGUGUACAUCUUCUUGUGCAGAACGUAGUGCCUCCGUUCUUAGAUGGCAGAAUUGUAUUUACUAAGCAACCAGAGCCUAUAGUUCCAGUUAAAGAUCCAACAUCAGAUAUGGCCAUGAUUGCUCGCAAAGGAAGUCUGGCUGUACGGACAUUUCGAGAACAGAAAGAAAGAAGGAAAGCCCAAAAGAAAGAAUGGGAACUAGCAGGAACUAGAUUAGGUGACAUCAUGGGUAUUAAAAAAGUGGAUGAGAAAGAAGAAAAAAAUGUUGAAGAUGCUACUGAUUACAAAGAAGAGCAUAAAUUUGCUGAACAUAUGAAAAAAACAACUGAAGCUAGUAGUGAUUUUUCUAGGAAAAAGUCUAUAAUUCAACAGAGACAGUACUUGCCAGUCUUUGCAGUCAGACAAGAAUUGUUAAAUGUUAUUAGAGAUAACAGUGUUAUCAUUAUUGUUGGAGAAACUGGAUCAGGUAAAACAACACAAUUAACUCAAUAUUUGCAUGAAGAUGGAUAUAGUAAAUAUGGAAUGAUAGGAUGUACACAACCGAGGAGAGUAGCAGCUAUGUCCGUUGCAAAACGUGUUUCCGAUGAAAUGAAUGUACAACUGGGAGAAGAAGUUGGAUAUGCAAUUCGAUUUGAAGAUUGUACCAGUGAGAAGACUAUCAUUAAAUAUAUGACAGAUGGUAUUCUUUUAAGGGAAUCUUUAAGGGAGUCGGAUUUAGAUAAUUAUAGUGCCAUUAUCAUGGAUGAAGCUCAUGAGCGUUCACUCAGCACAGAUGUAUUGUUUGGUUUACUGAGAGAGGUAGUAGCACGGAGACAAGAUCUGAAAUUAAUUGUAACAUCUGCAACAAUGGAUGCUUCUAAAUUUGCCAACUUUUUUGGCAAUGUUCCAUCAUUUGUAAUACCAGGAAGAACUUUUCCUGUUGAGUUAUUCUUUAGUAAAAAUCCAAUCGAAGAUUAUGUAGAUUCAGCUGUAAAGCAAGUGUUGCAGAUUCAUUUACAGCAAACAAUUGGCGAUAUUCUGGUUUUCAUGCCUGGACAAGAGGAUAUUGAGGUAACUUGUGAACUUAUUGCUGAAAGGCUGGGUGAAAUUGAAAAUGCACCACAACUUGCAAUACUGCCUAUUUAUUCUCAGCUACCCAGUGAUUUGCAAGCAAAAAUUUUCCAAAAAGCACCAGAUGGUGUUCGAAAAUGUGUAGUGGCAACAAAUAUUGCUGAAACAUCAUUGACUGUUGAUGGUAUAAUGUUUGUUGUUGAUAGUGGAUAUUGUAAGCUUAAAGUAUACAAUCCAAGAAUUGGUAUGGAUGCUUUGCAGAUAUACCCUAUUAGUCAAGCUAAUGCAAAUCAGAGAUCAGGAAGGGCUGGUAGAACUGGGCCUGGUCAUUGUUUUCGCUUGUAUACAGAAAGUCAGUACAAAAAUGAGAUGUUAAUGACAACUGUGCCAGAAAUACAGAGAACGAACUUAGCCAAUGUGGUGCUGCUUUUAAAAUCUUUGGGUGUUCAGAAUUUAUUACAAUUUCAUUUCAUGGAUCCUCCUCCCCAAGACAAUAUGCUAAAUUCUAUGUAUCAGCUAUGGAUACUUGGAGCAUUAGACAAUAUAGGAAAUUUGACUUCAUUAGGUCGAAGCAUGAUUGAAUUUCCUCUUGAUCCUCCUUUGUCUAAAAUGUUGAUAGUAUCCUGUGAUAUGAAAUGUAGUUCUGAAAUUCUAAUUAUUGUUUCAAUGUUAUCUGUGCCUGCCAUAUUUUAUCGACCUAAAGGACGAGAAGAAGAAAGUGAUCUAGCCCGUGAAAAAUUUCAGGUGCCUGAGAGUGAUCAUCUUACGUUUUUAAAUGUUUAUUUGCAAUGGAAGCAACAUAAUUUUUCGUCUUCAUGGUGUAAUGAACAUUUUAUUCAUGUAAAAGCGAUGAGGAAAGUUCGUGAAGUGCGACAACAGUUAAAAGAAAUAAUGGUGCAACAAAAACUUCCUGUUGUGUCAUGUGGAACAGAAUGGGAUGUAGUCCGUAAAUGUAUCUGUUCUGCAUAUUUUCAUCAGGCAGCAAAGCUUAAAGGUAUUGGAGAGUAUGUUAAUUGUCGAACAGGAAUGCCAUGUCAUUUGCAUCCAACCAGUGCACUUUUCGGCAUGGGUUACACACCUGAUUACAUUGUGUAUCAUGAACUUGUAAUGACAAGUAAAGAAUAUAUGCAAUGUGUAACUGCUGUGGAUGGUCAUUGGCUUGCAGAGUUAGGACCAAUGUUUUACAGUAUUAAAGAGUCAGCUCACUCUCGUAUGGAAAAUCGAAAACUAGCAAAGAUGAGCCAAAACCAGAUGGAAGAAGAAAUGGCUUCUGCUGAGAAAGAACUUCAAUUAAAGAAAAAGCGUGAAGAAGAAAUUACAUCAUCAUCUCGUAAGAAACUCCAAAUUUUUACACCUGGAAGAACUGAUCCAAGUACACCUAGACGAAAGCCUGAUAGAUUUGGUCUGUAGAAUAUUCCAUAUAUCUACUGUUUGAGAAACUGUAAAAAAAGUAUACGGUCAAGUCGUUAAUCCGGACUCGUCAGGACUUCUGCGAUUCCGGAUUAUUGAUUUUUCCGGAUUAUAGAUCAUCAAUUUAAAUCUGGUAAGAUGGCAUGCAGAAAUUAUAAAA